AUGGAACAACAGCAGCGAAUGCUAGCCGAUCGACCGGCACAGGAGCCGACCAUCUCAGGAUCUGGCCAGCCUGCAGAUCCUGGUCGCGGAGUUGAACCCAUAGCCCACCCGGACGUGGGUAAGAGAUCAGACACGACCGGGCCAGCACCAAACGCGCCAAUCCCUUUUCACCGAGCAUUGUUUAGGACGCCCUUAGAGGAAGGAGGCAGAGCCCGCCGAGACCGAGGUUCCUCGUCAGAUGAGGCACCCGAAAGGGAUGCGAGGAAGGGAAAAGCGCCACGAGACGGAGACUCGCCCGAACGGAUCAACGACCAGUUCUCGCGAGGAAUCAUGGAGGAUCCCUUACCUCGCCACUACACCCCAUUGGCGAUUGGGGAGUACAAUGGGAGCGCCGAUCCAGAUGGUCACUUGGCCAAGUUCGACAACGCGGCCACUUUGCAUCAGUACACCGAUGGGGUAAAGUGCAGGGUAUUCUUGACAACGCUUUCGGGACCAGCUCAACGGUGGUUCACCAGGUUGCCGACCGGGUCCAUACGUAGCUUCAAGGAUUUCCGGGCCGCUUUCCUGUACCAAUUCGCGAGUAGCCGCCAAUAUCAGAAAACGAGCGUCAACUUGUUUUCACUGAAGCAAGGUCCCCGAGAAGCGCUCAGGGCAUACAUUCAACGAUUUAACCAGACGACGAUGGACAUACCAGCAGUCUCAUCAGAAGUGCUGAUUGAUCGGGCUGAACUCCUACCCAUGGCAACACCGCUGUACGGCUUCACCGGCAAUGAAGUCUCGCCAAUCGGGCAGACGAGAUGCGCCCUCGGCGUACAACGUGAUAUUGGGCCGACCGCCCUCAACGAAUUUCGAGCGAUAGUGUCGACCUACUGCCCGAAGAUCAAAUUCCCGGUGGGGAAUCUGGUAGGCGAAGUUCGAGGGGACCAAGUGGCGGCCCGGCGGUGUUAUGUUGAGAUGGUCAAGGCGGACGCUAAAGCCGCCAGGAAAUGCCCCCGAUUGGAAGUAAACGCCAUCAGAGAAAAGCCGCCCCCACUGGUAUACGACAACAAGGAGGAGGUACAGAUACAUCUGAGCCGGCCGGAGGCUACUACAUUUGUAGCAUCUGAUCUGGCCGGCCCGCAAAAGGAGGAGCUGGUCGCCUGCCUUCAAAGAAACCACGAUGUGUUUGCCUGGUCGACGCACGAGCUACUCGGGGUCGAUCCAAGCGUGGCACUGCAUGAGCUGCACGUUCGACCAGAUGCCCGACCGGUCAAGCAAAGGAAGCGCGACUUUAGCGCUGAGCAGGACCUGAUUAUCCGAGCCGAGGUAGAAAAGCUACUGGAGGCCGGGCACAUCGAGGAAAUUCAGGAUUUAAACAAGGCCUGCCCCAAGGACUCCUACCCGCUACCAAGGAUAGACCAGAUGGUGGACUCGACGGCCGGAUGCGAGCUGAUUUGCAUGCUCGAUGCCUAUCAAGGCUAUCACCAGGUUCCACUCGCGCACGAAGACCAGGAGAAGGUCAGUUUCGUCACGGCUGAUGGGACGUUCUGUUACAAGGUCAUGCCAUUCGGAUUGAAGAACGCAGGCACCACCUAUCAGAGAAUGAUGAACAAGGUGUUCCGGAAGCAGAUCGGACGGAAUUUGGAGGUAUACGUUGACGACAUACUCAUUAAGUCUCUCCGAUUUGUCGCCCUAUGUGCAGAUGUGGAAGAAACAUGCCAGAAGCUACGAAAUUACGGGAUCAAGCUUAACCCAACCAAGUGCCUGUUCGGUGCUAAGGGUGGACGGUUUCUGGGCUGCAUAGUCACCGAACGGGGAAUCGAAGCGAACCCCAGUAAAGUAAAAGCUCUCCAAGACAUGGCGUCACCUCGUAACCUGAAAGAAGUACAAAGGCUGACCGGAAGGAUCACGGCUCUAUCAAGGUUCAUAUCUAAAUCAGCUGACCGGAGCCUGACAUUUUUCAAGAUUCUGAGGCGAGCGACCAAGUUCCAGUGGGAUGACGAGUGUGACAAGGCGUUCGAGGAACUCAAGCAAUAUCUCAGCCCCUUGCCCAUCUUAGCCAAGCCAACUAUGGGGGAGCCGCUUUUAUUUUAUUUAUCGUCAACCGAGCAUGCCAUCGAUUCAGCGUUAAUCACUGAGAAAGGGGGGAAGCAGCAGCCGGUAUAUUUUUUGAGUCAUAUAUUGAAAGACGCUGAGUCCCACUAUACAGGUCUUGAGAAGCUCUCUUACGCUCUGAUCCUCGCCGCUCGGAGGCUUCGACCCUAUUUCCUGGCCCACUCUAUAAUUGUGAUGACCAAUAGCGCCUUGGAUCGGGUCCUGCUCAACCCUGAAGCGUCUGGCCGGUUAAUCAAAUGGACCACUGAGCUCAGUGAGUUCGAUAUCCAAUACCGACCCCGGUCGGCUAUAAGAGCGCAGGCAUUAGCGGAUUUCAUCACAGAAGUGCCAGACCCUGAGCCAGAGUCCUCAUGGAGGGUAUACGUGGAUGGUUCGUCCGCCCGAUCGAGUAGUGGAAUAGGCAUCUUGCUUAUAUCCCCAAAAGAAGACCGAAUGCAUCUAUCCAUUCGAUUGGACUACCGAGCCACCAACAACGAGGCUGAGUACGAAGCGCUCAUAGAUGGUCUCCAAGCCGCUCGGCACGUCGGGGCCACGAAGGUACUCUUACAUUUGGAUUUACAGUUGGCGGCUCAGCAGCUGAACGGAACGUUCGAGAUUAAUAGCGCUCGGCUCAGGCUAUAUGCGGACGCCUUCGAAAAGCUUAAGGCAAAUUUCCAAGAGGUCGUUAUUUAUAAAAUUCCCCGAUCAGAGAACCAAGCGGUAGAUGAACUGGCAAAGCUGGCUAGCGCAAUGACGCCGAUCAUCGCCACUUCCCCCAUUGAGCGGGUCUACCUAGUGGCGCACGUUGACCAGUCAAGGGGGAUACCAUUUCUGGAAGAUUGGAGGGCACCCAUCAUUAGGUUCCUCCAGUCAAGAGGCUUACCAGGAGGUCAUGAAGCUGAUCGAAUCUUGAGAAGGAGAGCCUCUCGGUUCACCCUGGUGGGCGAACAAUUGUAUAAAAAAGCUUUCUCACGCCCUCUGCUCAAAUGUGUGGGCACUGAGGACGCUGAAUACAUCCUUCAAGAAGUACAUCAAGGCUCUUGCGGAGGGCACCCGGGUGGGCGAUCACUAGCGAAGAAAGUUAUCCUAGCAGGAUAUUUUUGGCCAACACUCCAGAAAGAUGCGAGCAAGUUGUGGGAAAUGGACAUAGUCGGCCCUUUUCCUAUGGCGAUCGGUCAGAGAAGGUUCCUACUUGUGGUUGUUGAUUAUUUUUCAAAAUGGGUGGAAGCUGAACCGCUGGCGAGAAUAACGAAAAGCAUGGUCAAGAAGUUUUUAUGGCAGAAUAUUAUAUGCUGGUUCGGCAUACCAUGCCGACUUGUCUCGGAUAAUGGGAGACAGUUCACGGGCCAAGAGUUGGGGGAAUGGUGUGCGGGUUAUGGCAUACAGCAAGCUUUUACCUCCGUGGCCUACCCUCAAAGUAAUGGACAGGCUGAAGUUACCAACCGGGAAAUCCUCAAGGCGUUACAUGCUCGGCUCGAUCACAUGGGGGGCAGCUGGGUGGACGAGCUACCCAGUGUGUUAUGGGCGCUACGGACGACUCCCAAAGAAGGGACUGGCUUCACGCCAUUCCAUUUAGUAUACGGAGGAGAGGCGGUCGUCCUAGUCGAGGUUGGGAUUGAGUCCGAUCGGGUGCUUCACUACAACGAAGAAAAUGGGGAAAGGCGACGGUUGGAGCUCGACAUGGUCGAUGAGACGUAA